AUGUCGGGGCCAGCUCUGGGUUUGCCGCGAGGACCUGACAAGCCAUCCAAGGCUGUCAAAGGCGGCACGGCGCCUGAUCAAACAGCCAGCACGACCAGCUCGAGCGCCUCUUCGGUGCACGUCUCCAUCGAAGGAAAACCUGCAACUUUGAGCUUUGACGACGACCUCUUUUGGCUUGCGCGGGGAGGAAGCAGCGCGCCCGCUGUGAAUGGUGCGGACCGCGCGUUAGGUCAGUGGUCCGGCCCUGCUUGGCAGCGAUUCCCCUCCUGAUCAAACCACGCACCCUUCCCCCUACUCGUCUCCGGCGCGGACGACGUAGAUCCAAGGCACGCAUAUAUUUGCGUCCCAAACGCUCUGGUGUUGUACUCUUCAUUUGUGCCGGACUCGGAUGGCGGCUCCUUGCUUGUGCGGCUGCUCGCACCCCCCGCCAAUCAAUCCAACCCGUUGGGGCCCUUUGGAUUCAAAGCGCCACCAUCGAAGGCUUCUCAGGUAGCCUCGCUACAAACAGCAUUGUCAAAGAAGAAUCAAGCCUCUUCGGCGUCGGCUGAUGGAGAGGCGGCUAAGAACAAAUUGAUUGCGCUUCAGGAGCAGAUACAAGGACCAUGUGCCAACGUUAGAUUGGUCAAGAUCGAGGCUCGCCUGGUGGCCAAAGCGACGGGUGUGCACGCUCUGGAAGAGGAUCAGCAGGAGCGGGCAAUGGAAUGGGCUCAAAAGCUGAUGCGGUUAGCUUAUGGGCCUGAAACAGCAGCGGUCAAACCUUUUCGGCACCUCAAGGUACUGAUCAACCCUGUCGGCGGGCCCGGAAAGGGAGUGCAGCUUUUCCACAGCAAAGUGCGGCCGAUCCUCGAAGCCGCGGGAUGCACCUUGGAUAUUCAAAUUACCACGCACUCUGGUCAUGGUCUUUCCAUCGCUCAAAACAUCGACAUCAAUGCUUACGAUGCCAUCGUGACGGUGAGCGGGGAUGGCAUGCUGCACGAGAUUCUGAAUGGAUUGGCAAAGAGGCCAGAUGGCGCAGAGGCACUCGAGAAAGUUUGUGUCGCUCCCAUCCCGACUGGCAGCGGUAAUGCGAUCUCCGUGAACUUGCUGGGUGUUAAACAGGGCUUUAGCAUGGCAUUGGCCAGCUUGAACGCCAUCAAAGGGAGACCACUUUCGCUCGAUGUGUGCAGCAUCACCCAGCCGCGCUCCGACGCGCUACCUGCUCUCGCCUCGUCUAACGAUCGCAAGGCAAGAAGGAAGUCACGCGCUCUGAACGCCAGCGUGGUCUCUUCUGCGACGACGAGCCAAUCGGCAGCUGUUGACGCCGCCGAAGCUUCGUCUGAUCCGCCAGCGCUGGAACGGGCGCCCUCGCAAGCAUACACGCAUUCUUAUUCCUUCCUUACCCAGGCAAUCGGCUUGAUGGCGGAUGUGGACCUCGGUACCGAGCACAUGCGCGCACUAGGAGAUGCGAGGUUCAUCAUUGGCUACGUCGGAGGCGUGCUCGCCAAUACCCCCUGCGAGGUCGAUAUAUACGUCAAGCUCGGCGCUUCUGGAACGACGAAUCGUGCCGAUAUGAGACGGCGUGUAGCCCGUUUUGCAGAGAGCAGUCAAAGUCUUGACUCGAUGCAUAAUGGCGGGUUGCAGGCUGCAGGGUCUGGUGAGGAAGAGGAUGCACAACCGGUCGAAAACGCAACUCUGGAAUGGACAUCGUCACCACAGCGGGCGAAUGGCUCCGCGCAGACGUCGAACGCGGCCCAAUUGCGGCACGGGAGCGUGCUGGACCCGCUGAAUGGUCCAUCUCAAGAGGUCUUGCCCGUGCUGGACCUCCAAGAUCCUUCAUGGCCUCACACGGUCCUGCCCGUCCUGCAAGGCGCGACCACUCCGACUGGCUGGGCCAAAGUGGAUGCGCGCAUAUCCGGGCUCUAUGCCGGCAAGUUGCCCUACGUGGCGAGGGAUCUGAUGCAAUUUCCCUACGCGCUUCCCGGCGAUGGCCUAUUGGAUCUCGCGCUUCUACUGCACGACGGCGGUCGAGCGGGCAAGUUACGAGCCAUAGACGGCGCGGAGAAGGGUCAGAUCAUCUAUGAUCGUGCUCUGUCUUACUUCAAAGCGGAAGCAUAUCGUGUUACGCCCAGGAGGAAAGCAGGUGACAAAACUCUCAAAGGAGGUGGGCUACUGAGCAUCGACGGAGAGCACACACCUUAUGCUCCCUUUCAAGUGGAAGUGUCCCGCAACCUCCAUUUCAAGGUGUUGAGUCUCUUUGGACGAUUCGUCUGCCCAUUGGUCGAGCCACCAGCCCCGCCGGCUGGUAGUUCAGCGUGA